GGAAGGCAUCUUGAGGAUGGCACCACAAAACUACUCGUGGUGGAAGAACAGUAUGGUUUGUUGUUAGUACAACAUCUUGCUCCUGUACAAGACAAUUUUUUUGCACAUCUAAUGACAACUCGGUGGCGGGGAAGGCGCAGGAGACAAUACUACUACUCUUUUUACAUCUGGGGAACAAAUCUCUUAAUUGGACUAUCUAAUCACUCCUCGCAUACUGUUGUUGAUUGUGGUCACAAUUUCUAAUGCUGAUUUUCUGACCCUCUGCGACCCCUUCUACUGGUCAAUACGAGUCAGGGUCAGCACUUCAGCCGUGAGCAUGGUGCUUCUUGGUUUUUAUUGGAGAAACCUCCAUGGCCAUGCCCGCACAUCUAAUAUGAUUCCCACUCUUCAGUCACACAUCGUUGUGAAUGUGAUACACAACUGGUUAAUCAUAGUGUAAAGUCAGGAAACCCAAACCAUCGACAAGUGGUUUCUAAGUGUGUAAAGGAAGUUUUGAAAAUAUAAUGAACCUCUCCUUCUAGUACUUAGACUUUUGGUUAUUUCUUAUCUCACAGGUCAACACACAUCAUGAUUGAACGCGCUGCUGAUGCAAACUACAUCGCAUAUAUUCAUUUUGACUUCUCACAAUUGAAUAUUCUUCAAUACCCCUCGAAAAAUGGGUACACUACUACUACUACUACUACUACUACUAAGACCCUGUCAUAGUGCGGAUGCGGACACCACUUCGAUCGUAAGAAGUUGUGACAACGAGAGGAGGUGCAGUUCGCAUAUUGCUGUUUUGUGCCGCCAGACGAGGUCCAGCGAUAAUUGCAUCUCAUUCGGUUUCUGCUGAUGAUUGGUCCUUAUUGUUCCUAGUAGUGAUUCCUGCCUCUUCUCCCUUAAGGUUGAAUUAAACUGACAGUGUGUUAUUACUUCCUUUUAGUUGUCUUCUUAGUGUGCUUACUCUUUUUACUUCCUGAGCUUCCGCCCUUCGGGGUGUCUGUUUGAAACAUUAGCUUUCUUUCUUCCUGCCAGAAACCUCCAUGGCCAUGCCCGCACAUGCCGCCGGUUUGCGAACUGGAUAAAGCUGAGGCCGCUCUUUCAGUAGCCCCAGGAUAC